AUGAGACAUGCCAAGGAUGGGUUCAUGGCAGUAAAGCUAGACAUGUCUAAAGUUUACGAUCAAGUAGAAUGGUGCUUUCUAGAGGCAAUCAUGCACAAGAUGGGAUUUUACAGCAUAUGGAGGAACUGGAUUAUGGAAUGCUUGAGAUCUGCAUCCUACUCAUUCAACAUAAAUGGGGAGGUUAAAGGGGAGGCUACGGAAAUUAGGAUGCUGUCCGGGAUGAAGAUAAGCAGACAUGGACCUAGUAUAACCCACCUGUUCUUCGCAGAUGAUUCCCUAAUUUUUUGCAAAGCAAAUAAGGAUCAGGCAAAAGAGUUAAUGAGGGUGUUGCCUGUGUAUGCAUUGGGGUCUGGUCAAGUGAUUAAUCUGGAUAAGUCGUCUAUACUUUUUAGUAAGAAUGUGAGGGCAGAGAAUGCUCAAGUGGAAAAACAGGUUCUUAAGCUCGGCAAGCAAGGAAAUAAUGCUGAAAUCGUGGCCCUAGCUAUGCCCACGUAUACUAUGUCCUGCUUCAAGAUUCCAUCCAGAUUGUGUAAGGAAAUCAGUUCACUAAUGUCAAACUAUUGGUGGGGAGAGACUAAUGGCAAGAAUAAAAUACACUGGUGCUCUUGGAGAAAGCUCAUUCAGAACAAGAACAUGGGAGGGUUAGGCUUCAAAGAUUUGGAGGCCUUUAAUACAGAACUACUAGGCAAACAGGGAGUAGACGAGCUGAUAUGCCAGAGGAGCUGGAAUCGAAAUUUGAUUUUCCAAACCUUCAAUACCAAAGAUGCGGACAGAGUCCUGAGUUUCCCAAUAAGCUUAGGUGGUAGGGAAGAUUCUCAUUUUUGGAUACACGGGAUAGAUGGAAAUUACUCUGUCCAUUCAGGGUAUAAAGUUCUGAUGCUUCACAAGGCUAAUAAGCAGGAAAGAAUUCAGAACGAGAGCUCUACAAGUUGGGACAAUCACACCAGCAAGGUAUGGAAGGAAUUGUGGAGAUUGAAGGUCAAGCAUAAACAGAAAAUAUUUCUAUGGAAGUGUCUCAACAAUGCUCUUCCAGUGAGAGACAUUAUCCAUGGUAGAAUCAAAGUGGGGGACUCUAUUUGCAACAGAUGCGGAGAGGAAAGGGAGACGAUUGAACCCAUAUUUCUGAACUGCGAGCAAGCAAAACUGACUUGGAAAUUAGCCCCAAUCCAAUGGGAAGGAAUGAUGGAGCAACAUGGCUGUUUCAGAAGAUGGUGGAUAUCAAUUACGGAAGCUAAACACAGACCACAAGGUUGGCAACAUAUCUCUUUAACUGUCCAUAUUCUCUGGCAAAUAUGGAAAGAGAGGAAUGAGGUGGAAUUCAAUGGCAAGAAGUACCGGCCAUGGAGGACUAUACAGAAGGCAAUGAAGGAAUGGUUAGAAUUUGGGGAAAUAGAUAAAGUGGAAACUAGGAUGAGUACAAACGAAACAGAAGCUCUACAACUACACCAUCAACAGUUACGUUCAGAAUUUGGUUCACUGAUUUUCAGCAUUGGGAUCACAAGGGACAAGAACCAGCCUUGGCUAGGCAUUGGAAUCUGUCUCACAGAAGCAGAUCAAGGAUCAAAGAUGGGAUGGGCAUUACGAGAGACCAGUUCUGGAUCGGUACUACUGGAUGAAGCAAUAGCACUCAAACUAGCAAUGUGUAAAGCUGCUAAUAUGCAACACAGGGUAGUACAAUUCCAAGUGCAAAAUGAGAAACUCCUCAACCAUAUUCGAACCAAACAAGUAAGGGAUAUCAUAUUAGCAACUAUUGUGGAUGAUAUUGUUCAAUUAAGACUUUUGUUUCAUAUGUGCUCCUUUUGUCUAGUUCAAAAUGAUAAGAAUCAACUAAGCUCCAAGCUUAACACCUAUGCGUUAGGCAUCAUUUUUGAUGAGGAACUUUCAUUUCCUUAG